AUGAUGGCUAGACUGACUUCUCUGGCCUUUUUCUUCGCUGGUGUUCUCCUGGCACCGCAAGUUCUCGGGAGAUCCACUCCUCGGAGAUGGGACCGCGAGAAUGGAGACCACCGUCACAUCCCUGUUUCGGCUCGCCCGGCCAAGGACGUCAUCGCUCGGCUCGGCCUUAUCCCGAAUCCGGAAAAGGGGUAUUUCACAGAGACUUUCCGAGACCCGGACACAAUCAACAACCGCUCUGUUAGCACCGCCAUUUACUACCUACUCGAGGGCUCGGCCGGCUCAUCGGUGUGGCACCGCGUGGACGCGGUCGAAGUCUGGCACUAUUAUGCGGGUGCCCCCCUCACGCUGUCUCUUUGGCCCGGUGAGGGGGAGCCCGUCAGAGACGUCACCUUGGGGCCCGACAUUUUCAGGGACCAGCAACCGCAGGUACCCAUUGCGAAGUGGGAGUGGCAGAGCGCGAGGAGCCACGGGGACUGGACACUAGUUGGGACAACAGUUGCGCCGGGUUUUGUCGACACCGGCGUGGAAUUGGCGCCCCUGGGCUGGGAGCCGAAUGGAGAAUGA